AUGGAAUUUGAACGGUAUACCGUGAAACCAGGAGACUCCCUAGUCAGCAUUUCAUCAUCUCUCCGUAUGACAAUUGAGGAUCUUUGCCAAAUUAACCAACUUGAAGAGGAAGAAGAUAUUUUUCCUGGAAUGGUUUUGAAGGUACAAACCUCAGAUUUCAAAUCUCUAUCGGUCGAAGAAUACGAAGACAAAGCAGAAGAAACUGAGAUUGCCAGCUCUGUAAAACGUUUAUCUCUUGAGCAAACUCUUUUUUCAAUUGAUUCUAGAAAUGACUAUACAGUUGAAGCUGUUUACUGUACUGCUGAUGGAGAUGUAAUGGGAGAUCUUGGUGUUUCUCACGAUAAAGUUGUCUUUUGUCCAUUGUCAAAUAACGACAGAUGCGAAGUCAUUGCAAACACAAGGAAAUACUCAGCUGCAGCUAGCCAGUUUCGCUUGUGUAUCGCAAUAAGAGAUAUUGCAACUUGCAGCGUGCUAGAACUGCCAUCAUUGAACGCCCUAAACCCAGAAGACAAAGUCAAAAAUUUCUUUGUCCAGUUCGUUAUUACUAAAACAGGAAAAGAAAAAAAAGACAUCAGCACAAACAUCCCAAAAGCCAAUGUGUAUUUUAAGAUUUCUGAUAUGGGACCAAAUGGGCAGUAUAGCUAUUUUGAACAGAAAGUAAACGCAGAUGAAUUAGCUGGGCUUGUGAAAGCGAGACAGGAGCUAGAAAAAUUGUCACCAAUGCACAGAUGCAAGACUUUUGUGCCUUAUUACGAUUUGAAUAAGUCAUAUCAGCAGUAUGUAGAAAGUGGAUUGAAAGGGUCAAUUUUUGAACAAGCAAAUGAAGAAGAAAAAUACCAAGAUUUAAACCUAGAAAUCGAAGAAUUCCAGGUAGAAACCAGAAAAAGCAUAAGAUUCAGCGUAAUUCCAGAUGAAGGAGACAUAUUACCAGAACUUUCAAGGCCAAGCGAGAUACUGAAUGAGUCAAUGGUCAAGCAAAUCACAAAAAACAUGGGAAUGCUCUUCCAAAUCAGAAAUUGGCAUCUUUCGUAUUCUUUCACUGUCCAUGGAACAAGUUAUGAGGUAUUUUUCAGGUUACUUGAAGGCGCAGGACCGUCUGUGGUAGUUAUAGAAGACAGCGACCAUCAUAUUUUCGGAGGAUUUGCUUCGCAUCAAUGGAAACCGAGUAAGGUAUUUUAUGGGACUGGAGACUGCUUUUUAUUUACUUUCCAUACUUCAAGAAGAAUACAGUGCUUUUUCCCUACAUUGGAGAAUGAUUAUUAUAUGAAUUCAGAUUCUGAUGGGAUUUCUAUGGGUUCUGGCGGUAAAACUGGAUUAUAUAUUGAUAGAAACUUUGUCCAUGGCUCGAGUGGACCCUGCAAGACGUAUGCAAAUGAAAUUUUAAGCGGCAGAGAAUAUUUUAAUAUAGUAAAGCUUGAAUUUUGGGCCUUGGUCUAA